CAAAUAUGAAUACAAUAAGGUUAAAAUAUGUCAUAAGUCCUUAUACUCUUCAUAAAUUUAAAAUUUAGUCCCUAUACUUUUCAGAUUUCAAAAUUCAGUCCAACUGUUAAUAUCGUUAAAAUUAUUUUGUUAAAUUCAAGUUCAUUACCACGUUAAUAAUAUUUUUAUUUCAAAAUGUUAUACCAACAACAAAAAUUAACAGUAUUAAUAAUUGGACCUAAAUUUUGAAAUCUAAAAGAUUAAAUUCUUGGAAAUAAAAGGACAAGGACUAAAUUUUAAAUUUGUAAAGAGUAUAAGGAGUUAUGAAAAAAUUUAACCUUACAAUUAUGUAUUCGUAACUCCAAUAUUGACACAAUUUUUUUUACAUAUUUGUUUUAAUAUGAAAAAUAAUAAAAUAAAAAAAGAGAAGGUGCCAGGGGGUAGGUGUGAGAUUGACCGAACCAACUUGGCAGGCCCUUUUCUUAAUAUAAAUUCCCUUCUCCCCCUUUCUUUCUUCUCAGCUUGACGUUCCCUUCUUCCAAAGAGAACAACAAGCUUUUUUUAAUCCUAAAAUUUUAACGCUUUCCUUUCCUUCGUCUUUCCUUUGCUUUCCUCUGUGUGAUUUUUAAUAAAAGGGAAACGAGAAGAAAACAUGCAGGCAAUUUCUCACGUGCAAAAUCUUAAUUCGUACCUUAUAAUUCGCCGAUCGAAGCCUCGGUUUGAUAAGCCGGUUCGGUUAGCUGUACCUGUACGUUGUGUGUAUCACUCUGAUUCGGUUCAAUUCCCCAAUGGAGUCGGUUCAAGCCGGGUGGAUUGGCAAAGCUCGUGUGCUAUUUUGUCUAGCAAAGUCUUCUCUCAGGAUCAAGAUUCCGGUGACAAAUCGAACACUUCCUCCGCCUCCGAUCACCUGGCGGCGGCUGUUAACGGUCAUAAAACUUCCUUGGAUCUGAACUUAGUUCCUCUAGAUAAGAAGAACAAGCCUCAGCCACCUGCUAAACAGCCUCCACAGAAGCCGUUAACUAUUACCGAUUUGUCUCCUGCUCCGAUGCACGGUUCACAGUUGCGUGUGGCUUAUCAAGGAGUUCCCGGUGCUUACUCGGAAGCUGCGGCGGGGAAAGCUUAUCCGAAUUGUGAAGCUAUCCCUUGUGACCAGUUUGAAGUUGCGUUUCAAGCGGUUGAGCUUUGGAUUGCUGAUCGAGCUGUUUUACCGGUGGAAAAUUCACUCGGCGGUUCGAUUCAUCGGAACUAUGAUCUUCUCCUCCGUCACCGACUCCAUAUCGUCGGUGAAGUUCAAUUACCUGUCCAUCACUGUCUUUUAGCUCUCCCGGGAGUUAGGAAAGAGUAUUUGACGCGCGUCAUUUCUCAUCCACAAGCUCUGUCACAGUGUGAAAACACUGUCACCAAACUCGGCCUCAACGUCACGCGCGAAGCAGUCGAUGAUACAGCCGGAGCCGCCGAAUAUAUCGCGACAAACAACCUCCGUGACACAGCAGCCAUAGCGAGCGCACGCGCCGCCGAACUCUACGGACUCAACGUCCUCGCUGACGGGAUCCAAGAUGAUUCAAGCAAUGUCACGCGCUUCGUUAUGUUAGCUCGUGAUCCGAUCAUUCCACGCACGGACCGGCCGUUCAAAACGAGCAUCGUCUUCGCACACGAAGAAGGAACCAGCGUGCUUUUCAAAGUGUUGUCGGCGUUCGCGUUUAGGAACAUCAGUUUGACGAAGAUCGAGUCACGGCCACACCGUAACCGGCCGAUCCGGUUAGUCGACGACGCCAAUGUAGGAACGGCGAAGCAUUUCGAAUACAUGUUUUACGUGGAUUUUGAAGCGUCAAUGGCGGAGGUCAGAGCUCAAAACGCGUUGGCGGAGGUUCAAGAAUUCACCUCUUUCUUGAGGGUAUUAGGCAGUUACCCAAUGGAUAUGACGCCUUGGUGCCCAAACCCAUGAAAAUAAAAAAUAAGAAAAAACAAAAUAAUAAGCCCAAAAUAUAUGUUGAACUUAAUUUUUAAUUUAUUUCUUUUUAUUUUUGUUAUUAUCAUCAUUUUUAAUUCAACAACAACCAAAAAUGGCAUUAUUGUUGGGUAAA